AUGACUCUCAACGAAACGGGUCAUCUCGAUGCUCGCAAGAUUCAUGGCGAGGUGAAGGGUUCCGGUGAUUUGGUUAGCGUCGCCGGAGACUGUCCUUCAGGCUGCAGAAUAGAACGUAACCUGGGUUUGACGUGCGACCCCACUGAUGGACUUGUUUGGCACAUUCCAUGUAUCGAGGGAAAUAGGCUUGGAGCUGUGAAAGCCAUCACGGCCGCUCAGCUGUCCAUGGCGAGCCACGGGGUGUACAGUGCUCUUGACAAGGCUAUCAAAGCGAUGCGGCUGACUGCUGCGGAUAUGAGCGUCAAAUAUAAGGAGACGAAUCUUUCGGGGUUGGUGAGUACUGCAAUUGCAAUCCCUAUUGGUAGACAAUAUUGA